AUGAAGAAGUUAGACUUACAUAACCCAAUAGGAACAGAAUCCAGACUGUAUUUCAAAGAGCUUCUGAUCACUCAGGAUAUUCAAAGGGUUUUGGAACAGGCCAGCUUCCCGGGCCAUUUGGGAGUUGCACGCGUUCGUCCCCGGGGUUCGGGCCGCUGCGCCUUCACGCGCAGCCUUUUUGUUUACUCCGCCAGCAGGGGAGAGAGGGAGCGAGCGUGUAAAGAUGCUGCGGGCCCCGGGGGCUAUAUAAAGCUUUGGGUUCGGGCCAGGUGGGUGCCAGGGGCUAGCCUGUCCAUGGAGAUCGGUGAACGUACUGAGAGCCGAAGCGGCCAGCGCGCGCACCUCUGUCGCCCGCCGCCAGCUCCCGACCUUGCGGCGCGGCACGGGGGCGCGGACUCGGGGUGCAGCGCCUUGGCCCCGCCUCGCGCUUACCCCGCUCCAGCCCUCCCGCCCGCGCCUCCCCGGCUCCUCCCCUCGGCUCUCCCAGCCCCACACCCUCCCCUCCCCGGCUCCGCUGAGGUCUGGUCUCCUGGGUCUAGGUUCGCAUCUUCUCUGCGCGCCUUGUGCUCCCCACCUCGCAGAUCCGCAGGCUUCUGGAGACCGUGGAUUGAAGACGGAGUAGAGAAGGGGCAGGAGGCGCCGCACCACGCCGUGGAGGCGAUGCCAGAUGGCCCCGGAAUAACGGACGCCUCAGGAAAGCUUUCCCAAUACAGACACCCAGUCAGACUAUUUUGGCCAAAAUCAAAGUGUUAUGAUUAUUUAUAUCAAGAAGCAGAAGCUCUUCUGAAAAAUUUUCCAAUUCAAGCCACAAUUUCAUUUUAUGAAGAUUCUGAUAGUGAAGACGAAACUGAGGAGCUGAUCUGUGAAAAUUAA